AACAAUUUUGUUACGACUUUUUACUAAACGAGAAAUCUAGGGUUUUUACAAAAGUUAAAUAAAUUUAAAAUGUCUGCGUGCAAAUCUUCUAAGACCGAGCUAAUAGCAAUCUACCGUUUGGAAUUUUAUAAGAAGCAGAAAAAUUGGAAAUUUUGUACAUCGCGACAGGAGAAAAAAUCCUCAAAGAAACAUUUGGAAAAGAAAAUUAAUCUGAACACAACCUACGAUGUCCAAAGUCAUGGAGAAAAGGACACCUCUGAUCCUUUAAAUGUUGCCUUUGUAGAUUCAGAGUCAGAAAAUAUCCAAAAAUCAAAUUCACAACCAAAUUUGUCAAAAAACCGUGAACUCUCUCAGAAAUGGCUAGAACCUGUCAACAUAUGGCCGGGUGAACCUGAAAGUAGCUUACCACUAAAUGUUCAUAAACAAAUCCCUGAUGAAAAAUGUUCAAACUGCAGUUCAGAAGAGAAACCAAAAAGAAACUAUGCUAUGCAGAGGCUUCAAGAAUUACACAAUGCUGCAAAGUUGGGCGGCUACGAGGAAGACGACAACGCGCAAAACUUCCUUAAGGAAAUAGAACCAUAUCCUCAAGAUUUUGGCAACACCGAUUAUGAUGCAAAUGCCCAGGACACAGAUUGCGAAUGGACCAACCAGUACUACUGCGACGGAUUCCAUGAUGAGGACAAGUGGCCGAUGCAGUAUGGUCUGAUGAUAGGAGCGGGGCAUAUGGCUCAGGAAAUAUGGUCUGCAGAGCCAGAACAAGCCGUGUUGGACGAAGGCUAUCCUGAAGAUGCCGUGUACGCGCCAGCCGGCCGCAUGUCUGUGUCCGCGGAUGCCCGACAAGUCGUUACACCCGGGCUGUUUGAUACAGCCGGGGACUGGUGCGACACGUCGGUCGACAGCGAGGGGGAGUUCAUGCGGGGAGCCGACGCCGCGCCGCACUCGUCCGAGAUCGACCUGGCGCUGCCUGCGCCGCUGGGCGGCCCCGACGUGCUGGCGGCGCGCCCGUCGCAGCUGUCGGCGCAGCAGCUAGUGCAGGCCGCGCGGCUGCACUCGCGCCGCCUGCGACUUCUGCUCCGCGAGAGCGCGCACAGACAGAGACUACGCAGCUUAGCGACUCUGAACGCGGAGCCGAACAGUUUUGACGAGGACCCCACCCGAGCCCUCGGCCCCGCGCCGCCGCUCUGCGCUCAGGGAGUGUUCCGGGACGUGUGCGUGGCGGGCUCGCACACCGGCGCGGCGGCCAGGGGGAGGGGUCGUCUGCCUGAGAUGGGGUACAGGAACUAAUAGUCUGCCAAAACUUUGAAUCACGAAGCAUUCGUUGCGAAUGCUUCAAACUAAAUUUAUUUUAGUUUAGCACUGGCAUGUUAUGAAGAUACAUAAAAUAAAAUUCAAACUAUUUUUUUUAUAAAUUGGUGUACUACUUCUAGUUGUUACAAUUUUUUUAAUACAUCUACAAGUUAGCCCUUAACUGCAAUCUCACCUGCUGGAAUGUGAAGCUUUCUAACAUGAAACGGGCUAAUCUGUUAGGGGUAUGGCAGUUCUGUUUCGUCCCUUAUCGGUUUCUACGCGACAUCGUACCGGAACGCUUAAUCGCUCAGUGGCCCCCGUCCUUGUCGGUAGAGUACAAGAUACAAAAACUAAAUAAAUGUUUAUAAUAUAUACAUACAAAAGUUCCUAUAUUCCAAAUACCCUAAAUAUAUUUUAGUUUAGUUUAUUGAUUUCUACUUUACUGUUAACAGUUUCAAAAACUGAAAAUAUAAUUGUAAUUAAAAGGUUUGUUAUUUAGUUUGAACACAUUUUUUAAAUUCUACUACAGUGUAGCCCUUGUCUUAAAUCUUACCUGGUGGCGAGUUAUGAUGCAGUCUUAGACGGUAGCGGGCUAACUAGUUAGGGGCAGUGGCGUGCAUUUCGUAUAUGCGCAUAUGCACUGCCUACUGAUUUUAUACCAUUUUCCAACUUUAUGCCGACCCUAGUCAAUAAUCUUGAGUACGCCACUGGUACCAAACUAGUAAAAAAAAUCCAAAUUGUCCCUGCCGAGGAUAGACCCCUAGACGUCCCACUGGUACGACCACAGCGCAAAGCAGAUAGGUCGUAGAUAAUGAAAAGUCAAAUCUCUAAUUCCUUAUGGAACAGGAGUUCUGUGCCCAGAAAUGGCCACAUUUUCAUUGCAUGGCUGCAUCAUUCCAAAGACUAGCAUAUGUAUGGAAUACUAUAAAGGUCACGAUUAAACUAAAGAAAACUAUAUGAUUUUGUUACUAUUUUGAUUGUUUAUCUUUAUUUGUAAGUGUAUUGUUGAAAAGUAUUAAAACUAUUAGUUGCUAUAAAUAAUAACUGUUUUAUUAUAUAAUGAGCGUUGCUAAAGACCGAUUCACAUUACUCUAGUUGCUGUAUCAUAUAAAUUUGUCACAGCAUUUUUUACAUUCUUUUUGUUUUUUACAUUCUUAUGCCUCUUUUAUAAUGAUCAUGCAAAAGAUUGCAAGAUGCACACACAAACGAAACUGGAAACCAUUGUAUUAUUUUCCUGUCAUUGUGUUAAUUGUCACUACAAAAUUUUGAGGUUAUGCUAUUACUAAUUAAUACGCUGAUACAUUUUUAACCAUGUUAUCACUAUAUAUUUGAGCGCUUAAUAAGAGUCUGUACUCAGCCUAAAUUUGAAUAGAGAAGCUUCUGUUUUGAAUAUUGUUUAUGUUAUAUACCCAUUUAAGUGGACUAUCUUUGCUAUGUAUUCCAAUACUAUUAUUGGAGUAGACAACCACUUACUUAGUCUUUUUUUUAAGAUUAAAAAAAGUAUAAGUAAGUGUAAAAAUGGACUGAAGAAACUACAGCUAUUUUGCUAUCACAGUCUCACCUAUUAACAUUUAGAAAUAUUCAUGUAAUCGUGUCAGAAAUCAUUAUCCUUAAAUGUUUUUUGACGUUGAUGUUGAAGACGUUGGAAUUGAAUGCUGCUCGAAACAUGUAAAUUAGUCAAAAAAUUUUACAAAAUUCCUACGUUGUUUAGAAUAUUCAUAAGUCCACAAAUGUUACUUACCCAGUGUUUAUUUUUUGUAUACUUUAAAAGUUAUAAUUAUGAUUAUGUAGAAGUUCGUGUUACUACAUGUAAUUAAACUUUGUUAAACAUUA